AUGAAACCCUCCAGCUAUGAUCCAGCGAUGUAUGUGGCUGCGCGCGCUCCCGACACGAACGAGACAAAGAUGCGGGACGGGGCAAAGACGCGGUUGCCUGGCAGUCGAGACACCAUGGCAGGCGUGAUGGCAGGCGUGAUGGCAAGCGACUCCGGGCGACUGUGUGGCGAAAUCGAGUCAAAGGAGCUCGUUAUCUCGUACAUCGUGCACACGGGGUUUCCAGCAAGAGAGGAUAUGAGGGUGGACGGCGACGUUCAGGAGGGCAGGGAAAUAGAGCGAUGCGCAGGAUGGCGCGCGAGGUAG